ACUGCGCACCACUGACCUCGCCAGUUUAACUCUUCUUCCCCCUUCUCUCUCUCUCUUCCCCGCCCCUGCCUCCACCCUACUAACCCUAAUCCGCCAACCCGUGAGCUCGAAGUCGUCCCCAAUUUCUCGUCCUUCGUCGCGGCAAUGAGCGCAUUGGAGGAGCCGUUCGGCGGAGGUGAUGCUGACUGAGCAGAUCUGGUGGGCGGCGCGAUGGGGAAAUCCGAGGAAGAACAAGCGACUCCCGAGCCGCCGGCGUCUGCGACGGAGUCUCCGGAGGGUAAUGCCUGCGAUGGGUGCCUGCGCUGCCGCUGCAUCGGGCGGAUCGUGCGGCCGCGCUGCGUGGUCACGCUGAUCCUCGCCCUUGCGAUGCUGCUGUCGGCUGUGUUCUGGCUGCCACCCUUCUUGCGGUCGCGCGAUGGGUCUGGUCGCCCUGGUCGGGAUUCGCGGUUUUCAGCUGAUAUUGUUGCAAGUUUCAAACUGCAAAAACCUGUUGAUUUCUUGAAGUCCAAUAUUAGAAAGCUUCAGCUUGAUAUCUUUGAUGAAAUUGGUGUUCCUAGUUCUUCGGUAGCUGUUAUUGAUCUGGAACCUACAAGUAGAUCAAAUUGGACAAAUGUGAUUUUCUCAGUAUGGCCUUAUCCAAAGAAUUCAUAUUUAUCAUCGACUGAGCUAAGCAUUCUGAGAGCUUCCUUUGUGUCCUUAGUUUUAAGACAGUCAACUCUUCACCUGACUACAUCAUUAUUUGGAAACUCAUCUUUCUUCGAGGUGCUCAAGUUUUCUGGAGGCAUCGUCAUAAUACCUUUUCAAAGAACCUUUCCUUUACAGAAUGUGCAAAUGCUUUUCUAUUUCACAUUAAACUUUCCUAUCUAUCGGAUCCAAGAUAAAUUCAGUGAACUGAAGGAUCAAAUGAAGUCUGGACUACUUCUCAACACCAAUGAGAAUCUGUACAUGAUUUUGAUUAAUUCAGAGGGGAGUACAGUUUCUGCUCCAACAAUUGUGAAAACCUCAAUUGUACUUACAGUUGGAAAUCGACAGCCUUCGUUCCCUAGGUGGAAGGAAUUGGCUAAAAAGAUUCGAGGUUCUUCCUCUGGAAAUCUUGGCCUGAAUCACACUGUAUUUGGUAGAGUAAAGCAAGUACGUCUUUCUUCUUUUCUUCAGCAUUCCUCAAGUAGGGGAAGCAGUAAUGCUUCGCCAAGUCCUGCACCUCAGCCACAGACAAACCAUCAACGUCAUCACCCGCACCACCAACAUAAACAGCAUAAGCAUCAUUAUCGCACACAACAUGCUCUUGCUCCUGCCCCUUCUCCUGGUGCUGCUCCAGAACAUAGUUACCAAACUUCAGCCCCUUCUGGCUGUCGACAUGGAUCUUCAAACAAAAGAGAGGGUUUUUCUGCUCCUGCUGCUUCACCUGUUGAUGCUCUGAAGCAUUUGAUUUCACCUGUGAGUGCUCCAAAGCAUUCUUUUGGUCCAGCAGCUGUUGGGAAGCAUUCUGGUAACAGGCCUGUGAGUGCUCCACAUCAUGUUAGUGUUCCUUCAAGUGUUCCAUGGCAUUUACUUUCUCCUCGUGCACAUGAAAGUAUGGCUGUUCCAGCUCCCAGCAUACAAUCAUCAUCUCCAAAGCCUGAUGUUUCUUUUCCACAUGUACCACCUCGUGCAAGUGUAAAAGAUAACAAAGCUCCUGGCCCAACACCAUCAAUUUCGCCUAGUCCAUAUUCAUCUUCUGCUCCGGACAACAACGCAUUUCGGAGAUUGGCCUUUAUACCAGUGUUGUAUGUAUUACUGCGCUUAUAACUGAGAAGGGACAAGUCGUUCUAGCUUCAGAUCACCCAAUGGUGCUCAUAAAGCAGUGCAUCGGGGUGUGAUGAGAGACAAGAAGUUGCUAGGAGAACCUGCAGCACAAACUGUUCAUGUAGUCGGUCGGUCGGUCGGUAACUCGAUGAAUGUAAAUAUAUGGAUAAGCACAGUUGGCAAAUAAGUAUUCCGGUCAAAGCCAUAGAAGUGGCAGGCCAUUGUUAGAUAUGUUAUCUCAAUGCUAUUAUAACUAUUUCCACGA